GCACUGGUACUGGUGAGCACUGAUGAGCUGGAUGAGCACUAGUGAGCACCACCAACGCAACCAUGAAAUUAUUGUAAAGAGAAUGAUGAUAAAAUAAUAUAAUACAAAAGAUUUAAAUGUUUCGAGUAGUUUGAAAAAUAAUUAAAAUCUCGUUACAUAAUUGCUUAUUUAAAUAAAAAGUUUCCGAUGGAUUACAAUUUGUAAAUUUGUGAACAAGAAAAUAGGAAUUUUCUGAUAAAGGAAUAAUAUUUGGAUAAAAAAAUUCAUCAUGUCGAAGGAGAAUAUUAAUUUACCCAAAGCUCCAAAGGACUUGUGUUUUACAGAACUCGAGUUCAUCCAAGAGAAUUUCAAUGUCGAUACCUUCCUCCAAGAGCAUAAGAAAAGUUCAAAAUUAGAAACAAUGCGAGAUGAUUUGGGAAUAUAUUUAAAAUUGUUGAGAUCCGCCAUGAUCGAUUUAAUAAACAGAGAUUACAUAGAUUUUGUGAACUUGUCCAGUAACUUGAUCGGUCUUGACAAAUCUAUUAACGAUUUGCAAACACCCCUGGGUCAAUUAAGAGAAGAAGUAAUGCAAGUACGACAAACGUUAGACGACGAGAUUACUGCAGUUUCUAAUAAUAUAAACGAAAAUAACAAAAUCAGAGAAUACAAGCAGAGUCUGUUUAGUUUACAACAUAUUUAUAAAUCGCUGAACAAAUUAUCGUCGGUAUUAUCUCUAAAUGCAUUUCUUGAAAGCCCUACUAAAAUAGACAUUUUGGAACAAGCAGCAGCAGAACUCAAUCUGUUACAAUUUCACAUGUUCAGAUGUAAAUUAGACGUUAUGAGCGAUAAACAAAAAGAAAGUGAAUGCUUCGAGCGAUCUUACAUGACGCAUCUUAACGAGUUUUUCUUCGCGUGUAUACAAGAAAAAAAUUCUGCUCUAUUAAUUCGUUGUUUGAGGAUUUAUGUAAUGCUCGAUAAAAUAAGAGAUGCAGAGGAUUUAGUAAGAAAAGAAAUUGUUGGUCCAUUGAUCGAUAACGUAAUUAAUAUAGAAAAUUUACAAAUUGACUUACUCGGUCUACAGAGUAUAUAUAACAGAUUAUUAAAUAUUUUGAACAUAGAACUCAAACAACUUUUAGAUAUUACGCUACAUUCCGAUAAGGUGUCCAUAAAAGGUUUUAAUUUCUUAGUAAACAGUUUUUGGAUUGACGUGGAAGAGAAAAUUGAGCGAUACAUAAAAUGUAUUUUUGCUCCCGGAGACCCGGUACUCUUUCAUUCGAGAUACAUAGCAACUUUAGAGUUUUUAGAAAAAUUUGAAUCCGAGUGUGUCACACCUGAUUCUUUAGCUGUGUUAAAGGAAAACAAACAAUAUAAAAAGUUUCUAAAAAAAUGGAAUCUACCAGUAUACUUUCAGAUACGAUUUCAAGAAAUAGCUGGCGUUAUUGAGACAGUUUUAACGAAACCAAUAUCGCCAGCAUCCAUAAAAGGAACUUUGGAUUUUCUUAAUCAAAAUGAAUUUUCUCUUCAUGCAACGUAUGUUGUAUGGGAUAAUCUCCAAAAAAUUUGGUCUGACGAUGUAUAUCUUUAUCAACUCUUCCAUCGAUUCUGGAAAUUCAGUCUUCAGAUAUGUGCUAGAUAUCAAACGUGGGCUCAAACAGUGCUCAAAGAAAUAUGGCCGAUAGAAAAUGAAGUCAACAACUCGAAUAAAGUAGAACAUUCCACGAAGCUCAAUUUCCUAAUUUGUUUACAUAAAGAUAUAGAGAAAAUUGUAAAAAUGCUUCCAUCCCUUCUGGAAACAGUUCAAAUGAAACUUAAAGAACGGAAACAGGGGGUAUUAAGAUUAUUAGAAGAUUCCCUUAAUGAAACUACGGAAAAUUUCAAAGUUAUCUUACCACGGGUUUCGGAAGAAAUUGUGAACGAACUUUUGAGGCCAUGCGUAACACAUUUAAAACAAGUCAGCGAUAUACCAAGAUUAUUUAGACGAACGAAAAGGGACGUACCAACGAAACCGUGCGCUUACGUCAAGAACGCGCUAGCUUUUUUAGUUAGUUUCCAUUCGGAUUACAAGAAAGUUAUACCAGACAACGUUAAUCGUUGGUUGGAAUUAGCUUUCUCUUCGCUGACCGAAUAUUACUUGGCUUCCGUAACGGAUGUGUUAAUAUCGGUACAAAAAACGGAGGAGAGUCUAAGGAGAUUGAAAAAAAUACGCGACAAAUCCACUGGUUCCUUUUCUUCUGAAGUUCAAGGAAUCAGCGACGAUGAAAAAAUACGUAUUCAAUUACAAGUCGAUGUACAAGUAUACACAAACAUGAUCACUGAAAUGGAGAUCUCGACUUUGAAUGUCCGCUACGUGGAAGAGCUAUUGCAUGCCGUUGAAACAUCCUCAAGGAGGAAUCGAAAUAGUUGAAAAUAAAACGUCAACGAGAAUGCGUUAACAGAGACACUUAAUGUAUUAUUUACAUAGAUAUAUUUAUAUUAUACAAGUCACGCUUGUAUUCUAUUUGCGCAUUGGUAAAAUAUGGGAUUCUUUUACAAUUAGCUCUGAUCCCAAAA